AUGGGUAAUAAUGUAAGCUCAAGGUACGAGAAUGCGAAGAAAACCGGGUCCUUGCAGCUGAGUAACCUGAAGUUGUCAAAAUUUCCUGAGGAUGUUAGGAAACUGACGAACUUGCGCGCUCUCGACCUGUCCUCCAACUCAAUCCAAAAUCUUGAUCCGUGGAUUGGUGCAUUUCCCGGUUUGAAGUCACUGAAUGUUAGUGGCAACAAACUAGCAUGUCUACCAACUGAGGUGUCGCGUUUGACCAAAUUAGAAUCACUCAAUGCCUCAAACAACAGGAUGCUCUCUUUAACCUCUAGCCAUAGUGUGGUUAAUUUUGGGUCUCUGAGACAUCUACGAACCGUUGACAUUUCAAAGAACAAUCUCGUCGAGUUUCCUGUGGAAUUAUGCUCAAAAGACAUACCACUCGACCUACUCGACCUCUCGAAAAAUAACAUUAGUCUUGUCCCCGACUGCGCAAGUCUGCUUCAGGUGAUUGAACUCAAUCUAAACGAAAACCAAAUAUCUGCCAUCUCCGAGUCACUAGCCAAGUGCCCACGACUAAAAGUGCUCCGUCUGGCACAUAAUCGACUCCGACUCGAAGAUAUUCCGAUGGGCAUUUUGGAAGACUCGAACAUUUCCCUUUUUUCCAUCGAAGGCAAUCCACUUUCAAUGAAAGCUCUCCAGGAACUACCCGCGUAUGCGAAGGUGCAAUCAUCUACCACUCGUUUGUCUCUUAAUCCAACUGUGCGAUAUGCAAUAGGAAUCUAG